CUCGUUAUAAUAAAACAAUAUAACUCGACCUUCUCGACCCUCGCAUUCUAUGAAGUUGGCUGUGUUAUGCACCGUAACAACUGCGAAUAUACGAGGCGGGGGUGUCAAAGUGUAAUUUAAUUCUUUAAUAACUAGGUAGUCUUUUUUCCUAAAAUAUAUAGAUUAUUUUUAAUCAUUUGAGACUUCCCGAUCAAAAAAUAAAAAUUAAGUAAGUAGAUCAAAUUGAGAUUUAAACUUCAAAGUGGCGCUGUCGUCGACAACAAAAGUGAACUUGUUCAACGCAGGCGCACUGCACCCGCGCAUCGUGCACUUGCGGCGUAUAAACGCAUGUUUUUUCUAACCUCUAAGAUUCGUUUUCGUGAUCUCCAUGUGCGUUUUAUAAAGUUUCACUAUAGUUGUGUCAAUAGUUGUGUCAACUAUGAAGACUCACAAAAAAGCGUUAAAAAGAAAACAAAUUCUACAGAACGAUGUUAAAGUUACCAAAAAUGAAGAAGAUGAUCGUGAAGAGCCUGAAGAGACCGAGGAUUCAGGAACUGAAGAUUUGUUAAUUGGAGAAAUUAAUGGAGAUGGAGAUACUACAGAUGAAGAUGUUGAUGAAGAAGAUUCUAAAGUUGAAUCGGAUGAAGAAAAUGACAAACCAAUAUUUGAUUCUGAUGAGGAAGUAAGUGAAGAAGAUGAUGAUGAUGAUGAGGAGGAGGAGGAAUACAAUGAUGAUGAUGAGGUAGAAGAUGAUAGUCAAGAAGAAGAAGUGUCCGCUGAUGAGCACGCAUCAGAAGAAGAUAGUUUAUUGGAAUUUGAAGCAUAUUCUAAUGAGGAUGCUGAAGAGCAAGUCAAAGAAACAAAAGUUGAAAUUAAACCAGAAAAAACACAACAUAAAGCAGAAGAAGUUGCAAAUACUAAUUCCCAAUCAAAUUCCUUAAAGACUCAAAAAAGGCACUCUAAUAAAUCAACAAAUCGAAAUUUUUCUAUUUUAAAAACGAAAACAAAUGUGAAUAGCACAGUUUCAAAUGAGUAUGACAGUGACACCUCUGAUGAGGAAGAUAUUCGUAAUACUGUUGGUAAUAUUCCUAUGAAGUGGUACAAUGAUGCAGAUCACUUGGGUUACGAUUGGGAAGGAAAAAAAAUUCUCAAGCCAGCAAAAGGAGACCAGUUGGAUGAUUUUCUAAAGCGAAUGGAAGAUCCAGAUUUCUGGAGGACAAUAAAAGAUUAUCAAACUGGACAAGAUGUUGUCUUGAGCGAAGCUGAUAUUGAACUUAUUACUAGGAUUCAAAAGCAACGAAUACCGGAUGCUAAUUUUGAAGAAUAUGCUCCUUGGGUAGAAUGGUUUACAUCUGAAGUAGAAAAAAUGCCUCUUCGUAAAUUCCCUGAGCACAAACGCUCAUUCCUUCCAUCAAAAACAGAAGCCAAAAAAGUUUCUAAACUUGUUCAUGCUUUAAAAAUGGGUUGGAUAAAAUCGACGGCAGAAAUGCGGAAAGAAAGAGAGGAGAAAACCAGGGAACCUCAAUUCUACAUGCUUUGGCAAACAGAUGAUCAAGCUGAAGAAAUGAGAAGGAUUCAUAAGCAUAUUCCAGCACCAAAAAGAUUUCUACCUGGGCAUGCGGAGAGCUACAAUCCACCUCCUGAAUAUCUGUUUGACAAGAGAGAAAUCAAACAAUGGAACAAACUCAAAUCGACACCUUGGAAAAGGAAAUUACAUUUUAUUCCUGAAAAAUAUGAAUCACUUAGGCAAGUUCCUGCAUAUCCUAAAUAUAUUAAGGAAAGAUUCCAAAGGUGUCUAGACCUUUAUCUGUGCCCAAGAGCAAUAAAAAUGAAGUUGACUAUAGAACCAGAAUCUCUAGUGCCACAAUUGCCAAGUCCUAAAGAUUUACAGCCAUUCCCAACAAUCCAGUCAAUGAUCUACAAGGGGCACACAGAUAUGGUCAGAAGUAUGGCCAUAGAAUCAACAGGUCAAUUCUUUGCUAGUGGAGGAGACGACACAACAUUAAGGAUAUGGGAAAUCGCUACCAGCAGAUGUGUGAAAGUCGUGAAUUGCGGCGGUGUUGUAAGAAGUGUUGCAUGGUGUCCCAAUCCAAAUCUUCCAUUGAUUGCUGUAGCAGCUGAUCAAAAAGUGCUGUUGAUCAACCCUGGUGUUGGCGAUCACUUGAUCACAAAUAAAGCAGAUAAACUUUUAGAAAUUAUUCCACAAAGUGACGCUAUUGUACCUGAAAGAGUGAAAGCAGCUGUACAGUGGGAACAGCAAACAGAAGUUGAUAAUCCAGAUAAUUGGAAGCAGGGAAUCCGAGUUGUUAUAAAUCAUUUCAAGACUGUUAAACAGGUAACUUGGCAUGGAAAAGGUGACUAUUUUGCUACAGUCAUGCCAGAUGGUCAGAAUAGAGCUGUUUUAAUUCAUCAACUAUCAAAAAGAAGAUCACACAUACCAAUUGGUAGACCUAAAGGACAAGUGCAGUGUGCAUUGUUUCAUCCAAUCAGGCCAUUCUUGUUUGUAGCAACUCAAAGAAAUGUAAGGAUUUAUGAUUUAACAAAACAAGAAAUGGUCAAAAAAUUGUUUACAAAUUCACAGUGGAUAUCUACAAUGGCAAUACAUCCUGGAGGAGACAAUCUCCUUGUAGGAACAUAUGAUAAAAAAUUGUUAUGGUUUGAUUUGGAUUUAAGUACAAAACCUUACCAGACUCUGCGUCUUCAUGGUACUGGUAUUCGCGGCGUUGCAUAUCAUAAGCGAUAUCCAUUAUUUGCAUCGGGAGCUGACGAUCGAGGCCUGAUUGUUUGUCACGGAAUGGUUUAUAGUGAUUUGUUGCAAAAUCCUUUGAUUGUUCCUCUUAAAAGAUUGUGCAAUCAUGAAGCUUUUAACGAUUUUGGAAUUUUAGACAUAAUGUUCCAUCCAAUCCAACCAUGGAUAUUUUCAGCAGGAGCUGAUGCAACUAUAAGAAUGUACACUUAAAUGUACAUUCAACUGUAAUUAUACAUAGGUUUAUUAUGAAGUCGGAAAUAAAUAAUUUUUACAAUACGAAAAA